CUUUGGUGAAAACGGUGAAAAAAAAAGUCAAAGCAACAGCAAGCAGCCAAGCAGCGACAGCACGGUGUUUCGUUCAUCCCGCCUUGUGAAGAUUUGUUUCUGUUUUGGUGAUGUCCGAUAUCUAAAUUCUUCCGUGACCUUAUCUUAGCCACUAAGGAUGUUCAAUCCAUCAAAACCAUUUGGUCAGCAGCAGCCCCCAUUCAGUGGAUUUGGAAGCCCUCAGCCCGCUGCCACUCCUUUUGGACAGAUCGGCACAACAUUUGCUAAGCCCGCCACUGGUUUCAGUGCACCUGCAUUUGGCACACCCACAGGAACAUCACUUUUUGGUCAGAAUGCUCAACCAGCCACAACUGGUUUGUUUGGUGCUGCCAACAAAGGCACAGCAUUUGGUCAACAACCUGCUCAAACAGGCUUUGGAUUUCAAUCUGCACCGACCCCUGGAUUAUUUGGUAGCCAACAACCUGCACAAACUGCAGCUCCUGCAACUGGUGGGCUAUUUGGUGCAAGCACUUCCAAUGCUUUUGGUCAAGCCAAACCUGCCUUUGGGUUCAGAGCUCCUGCUGCUGCUCCAACAUUGUUUGGACAGCCUCAAACACAACAGGCACAAACUACCUCAGUAUUCGGCAAUACUGCCACACAAAGCUCGAGCAUGUUUUCAUCUCUCUCAGGUGGAUUUGGAGGUACCACACAACAAGGCACCACUAUCAAAUAUCAGCCCACAGCUGGAACUGAUUCAAUUUUGAAACAUGGCCACACUCAAACUGUCACCACACGGCACUGUUGUAUAUCCACUAUGAAAGAAUAUGAAAAUAAAUCCCUUGAAGAACUGCGAUAUGAAGAUUAUUUAGCAGGUCGUAAGGGCCCACAAAAAACAGGUGGUGUAUUUGGAGCUGCUCAAGCUACUCCAUCUCCAUUUGGCGCUCCAAGCACAAGUACAACUGCGGGCGGUUUGUUUGGUAGUACAACCGAAAAUAAGUCACUAUUUGGCCAACCUUCUGCAUCAAUUGGCUUCGGUGCUCAACCAACCGGUUUUGGGACCACUGCUCAAACUGGAACCCUCUUUGGAAAGCCCACAGCUGGAUUUGGUACAGCUACCACAGCAACUACUGGCUUCGGCUUCGGGAACACAACUACUCCUGCAAAUCCGUUUGGUGCAAAUACCCAGGCCAAACCCUUUGGGGUUGCAGCUCCCCAAACCACAAAUUUAUUUGGUGCGCCAACUUCCCAGCCCAGUACAGGUUUUGGUAUAACUCCUACAACUGGAUUUGGUAGUUUUGCAUCUCAGCCAAAUCAGAGCAUUGGUCUGUUUAAUCAGAACAAGCCUACAUUCACUUUAGGCUCCAAUAACUCAGCCUUCAACUUUGGACAAAACACGGCCACCACUGCUGGUACAACACUGUUUGGGGCUAAGACCACUGCACCCAGUUUCGGGGCUCCCACUGGAUUUGGUGCUCCAGCAACAGGCACAACUGCCUUCUCUAAUUCCUUUGGAGCACCCUCCACCACACAGUCCACCUCUCUUUUUACUGGAGCUGGUUUCAAUAAGCCUGCCUCUGGGUUUGCAUUUGGUCCUACUCCUGCCACUAGUAGUACAGGCUUGGGGUUGAAUUUAGGUCAGUCCUCACUUUUUGGAAACACUGCUCAAAAACCAGGAGGCCUGUUCUCAGGUGGUUCAACAUUUGGAGCCCCCACCCUUGGUGCCACUUCAGGCUUUGGAGGUGGUGGUUCCCUUGGCACUGGCUUGAACCUUGGUGGAAACACAAAUCUCGGAGCAGGUGGUGGUCUUGGUGGAGCUCCGACCAGUCAGAGCUCUCAACUUGCUCAGCAACAGCUCCUUGCCAUGGCUCUCGUCCCAUUUGGUGAUUCACCUUUAUUCCGAAAUCUUUUGCCUUCUACUGGCCGUGCCAAUGAAAUGCUUCAGCCUACCAAUCCUGCUGCUCAAAAGGCUGUCCUCAAUGCAUCGGCACAAUAUAAAGUCUCACCUAAAGGAGGACCCAAGAUCAAGGUGAAAGUUGGAUACCCAGCUCUCAUUAAGAAGUCAUUGUGUGAAGGUUUGGAAGAAGAUGAUGGAAGUACCAGUCAGACUUUCCAAGUUCGUCCAAAUCCUAAGCGAUUGAAUAUAACUCCAACUAUAUCAAAUAAUCGUUCUACAGUGGAAUCAACAUCUGUUCCUCAACCAAGUGCUACCCAUGAGUCAGAAAAAGAGAAUCUCUCUCCUUUGUCCCCCAUCUCCCAGACCACUGCAGAGUCAGGAACAGCAGACUGGCUUCGUAAAUCUCGAGAUGUUGCAAAGCCUACCUCUUCCAAUUAUGGGAGGCGUUCACUAAAUGAAUCUGCCUUAAGUCAUGAUGAUUCAGUUACCAACAAUACCAUUCAUGAAUUUAGAAUGCAACAAUCAUCACCAGCUAGUCGCAAAGAAAAUGAAGACCAGAGCAUCUCAGUGGUAUGCGUUCCAUCAUCAAGCCCGAGGACUGAGGAUAAGGAUGCUAACAGCAACAAGAGUAGCUCAAGUUCAGAUGAUAGCCAUGACUUAGAAGACUCUGCCCCUCAACUUCUGGAUGCAGAAUCUCACCCAACUGGUAUUAUUUGUCGUCGAGUUGGCUAUUACACCAUACCAUCCCUUGAAGAAUUAACCAGUUACAUGAGUGAUGAUGGAAGUUGCAUUGUUGAUAAUUUCACUGUUGGUCGAGAUGGAUAUGGAAAUGUUUUCUUUGAAGACAAGUUUGAUGUUGCAGAUCUAAACUUGGACGAAAUUGUCCAUUUCCGUCACAAAGAAGUUGUCAUUUAUCCUGAUGACCAGAGCAAACCUCCAAUUGGGCAGGGACUUAAUCGCCAUGCGCAGGUCACAUUAGAUCGUGUUUGGCCUAUGGAUAAAACCACUCACAACCCUAUCAUGGAUCCAGCUCGCUUAACCCAGAUGGAUUAUGAGGGCAAACUGCGCCGAGUCUGCGCUAGAAUGGAUGCUAGAUUUAAAGAAUAUCGUCCUCAGACUGGGUCAUGGGUAUUCACAGUUGACCAUUUCUCUAAAUAUGGGUUGACGGAUUCUGAUGAAGAGGAUGCACCUCCUGGUGCUCUCGCUAAAGCAGCAGCACUCAAGGCUGUAGCUUCUAAAGGAGUUCCACCUAAACAAUCUCCAUUGAGCAAAACCGCAGUUGUUCAAGGAGCUGUUGAAUUGAAGAAACUUACUUCGGGGUUUGACACAGAAAUGCUUGAUACAUCCCCUUCUCAGAUCGCCAAGAAGUUUGCAUCAGGUUAUGAGGCAGAUGUGAUGGGAGAAACUGUCACCCAUAUCACAAGUCCGAUGGGUCAUCUAGCAAGAGAAUCAGGCACAUCUGCACGUAAAGUGCAGUUAAUGAAAGCAACUUUUUGUAUGGGUGGUGAUGAAGAUGAUGACGUUGAUAUGUGCUCUUACCUUGACCCUCCUGCAUUACCCUUCAGUGGCCUGGGUGGCGUAGGAGAUGGUACAGAAUACAGUGAUGGGUCAGAAGAAGAAAUAGCGUGUUCAGCUCCUGUUCUUUCAAGGCAUGGUCUUCUGCGCACUCAAUUUGCCCUGUCUGAAAUGAGUGGACAAAGUAUGCGCAUUGAUGUAUCUCCAGCUGUGUCAUCAUUGGAAGCCAGUUCUAAUUUUCAGCCAAGGAAGAGUGUUGGCCUUAUUCCUGCUGUAGAAAAAGUUCAAUUGCCAGUUAUUGUUGACGAACCUAAAACUGUAGUCUUACAAUUCAAAGGCAGAAUUGACCCCCGUGUGAUAAGUGGACAGUGCCUAGCUGAUAUGUCUCUAAUGCGAGGGGCAAGCUUCAAAGUUGGAUGGGGCUUAGAUUCCAGGUUCUUUAGUCUUGAAGAUGACUUCCAGCUAUUGGAUGCUAGUUCUAAAGGCCACAGUCUCAGCAUUAAAAUGUUGUCUACUGAAAAACCCUCUGUGUUUCAAGAUUCAAUUGAAGGUCAUUUGAGAAUUCAGUUAAGGUUCAGUGUGAGUGGAGUGCAAGGCUGUUGCCCCAUUCGUGCACCUGCCAGUGGAACAGAUGCUCUUCUUAAGCACCAACAAGAGGCUCAGAAAAUAGCUGACUGUGAUGAUGAUCUGCUUCUUAAUUAUCAUCAUCAAGUUUGGGAAUUAUGUGCAGCUUUGUGGGGUGAUCUGCCUGAAUUGGAAAUUGAAGGAAGCACUAAAGAUUUGAACACUCAUUACACAACAAUGAUACGAAGGAAAGCAGUCUCUAAAUGGCUAGAAACUGUAAGCAAACCACUUGUGGAGAUGGAAACAAACAGGGUGUUCAAAAGUGAUGCAGCUCAAUACCCACUAAAAGAAGAAUAUCUGGAAGGUAUUUUGUCUCUGCUCUCUGGGCGGCAGAUAUUGGAGGCUUGUCAGAAAGCACAGGACUAUGGUGACCAUUACUUGGCACAACUUCUAUGCCAAUUGUCUGGAAGUGCAGCUGUCCGCAAGUUUAUGUGUGAGCAGCUUGAUUCUUGGGAAAAGUCUAAAGCAGAUGCUUUUAUUGACCCACGGCGUCUGCGUUUGUAUUUACUUGUUGCUGGUUUAGCCAACUAUGAAACAAGUGAAGAAUAUUUUGUCAACACCUGUCAUUUCCUGGAUUGGAAGCGAGCCUUUGCAACUCACCUGUGGUACAUAUGCAGUCCUAUUGCUUCACUGGCAGACGCCCUCAAACUGUACCAGGAGGCUUUCAGUGCUUCUGACGAAGAUAGUGGCAACGCAUAUGCUAAGAGACCAGAUCCACCAUACCUUGACACUCUUUCCGAUGAUUGCAUUGUAACAGUUCAUGGACGAAAACUGAAUGAUCUAUGUUAUCACCUUCUACAAUUAUACUGUGAUAGAUCCCAUCCCUUGGAACAACUAUUGAAUCCAGCCACUCAUACUGAUGACCCACAGGAUUAUAGACUGAGCUGGACCCUAAUGCAAGUUCUGAACAGCAUUGAUUAUGCUCACUUGUCCCCUCUCUCACAAUCAAUAAUCCAUUCUGGCUUUGCCUCACAACUUGAAAAUAAUGGACUUUGGCAUUGGGCCAUAUUUGUUUUAUUGCACCUCAAAGACGAUUAUGCUAGAAAGUCUUCUGUCCUCGACAUGCUUGGGCGCCAUGUAGAGCUUUUAGAAAUGAGAAAAUUGUCAGAAGAGGAGAAAUUUUUACACCAAGAACUGCAAAUUCCUAUUGAGUGGAUUUAUCAAGCCAAGGCAGUUCGUGCUUCAUGCAUGCAUCAGUACCCAGACCAAGUUUGGUAUCUACUGAAAGCAUCAGAAUGGAAUGAAGCUCACCAGGUCAUUAUGGAACACUUAGCUGCAGAUGCUAUAAUUAAUGAGCAUUAUGUGUACCUGGAAACACUUUUGAAGGAGUUAGAACCUGUUGAAAGAAGUAGUACCAUAUCGGGUUGGUCCAAUCAAGGAGCACUGUUGUGGGAUUAUUUGACAGUUCAUAAGACAGUCAAUGAACUUCUAGAUUUAGUAGCUUCAAAUCCAGACGGCUUUAGAGAUAAUGAUGCAAGCUACAAGCUGGAAAGGAUACAGCCCCAGCUUAGCAGGCUGUGUUCAAGAAUCAAUAAUUUGCCUUGCAGAAAUGCCAAGGAUAGGCUGUGUCAAUGUGAAAUUGCUAAACGAGCGUGCACCCUUGUUCGCAAUGUCACUCAAUUACAGCGUGGUGAAUCAGCUGUUUGGUCAAUGACUCUAUCCAAUCUUAUUGCCCAAUUGCCUCUCCCAGAAGACUACACUCAACAAGAAUUACAACAAUUGCUGAAUGCAUACAUGACAUAGACCACCUUUGGUGUUUGGAUUAAGAUACUGUAGAUUAUUUCUAUUUGCUUAGAAAUUCAUCAGCCAUGAUUUAAAUUUGUAACAUUUUAACUUUUUGCCUUGGCGAUCAGGAUUUCAAAUGUUCAAUUAAUUUAAUUUAAAUGUGUAAACUUGAUUGUGAUAUGCUGCAUGUCACUUUUUGCUCAUUAAACAUGUCUCCUGGUCUCCUGGUCAAAAUUAUAUGUUUCAACAUUGUAUUUUGUUAUAUAUUAAUGCAUGGCAUGGCGCCUUUCUCACUUUCUCUGAGUAUGUAAUAACUAAGAAUUACUGAUCAAGAUCGCUAAUCAUGUUUUACUAAAAUGGUGCAUUUUUAACCUCAAGCAAAGACAGUUUUCAAACUUACUCUACUAUUAGUUUAUUGACUGUAGUAGUGAACCGGGGCAUGUAGCAAUGUCACCAGUAUUUAGUCAAAGGAAAAGGAAAGUGAGGCAUCUAAGUAU